UUUUUUUAAUGAAUGAUGAGUUGAUGGAAUAACCACUAACGAGCUUUUGUCAUAGCUUUAUCAGAGUGAAAGCUUUGAUGAAAAUUGAACUACAUUUAGAAAGUCUAAAAAUUUUUCAGGAGAACGAAGUAUCUUGUUUAGUUGUUAUGGAGAAAUGUUGAACAGAGAACGCAAGAUGGAGUUUCAUAUAAUAUUAUUGUCUUUACAUAAUCUUUGCAUAAUACCAGAGGCAGGGAACGUGUAUUCUACACUUCAUAAGAUAGAUUAUCAACAAAUUCGAGCUUUAUCCAUAAGUGGUACUGCGAAGGAUUUCUUGGUUAUAAAAACGAGCAAGUUCGAUAUCAUUUUAAAAACGGAUCACAAAGCGAGCUUGCUCGCCUACCUCUUGGCUGCAGUCAAUGUAACUCAACAGGUCUGGUUACAGCUAAAAAGAUCUGACGAAAAUUACCAGAAGAACGCUCAAGUGCCGACAAAUCAAAUUGAAUCAAAUUUCUCCAUUGAUGUGGAAUUUGGUAAACAUGGCGGAAAAGUAUCGUGUAAAGGUUUCGAAGUCAACGUUUCAAGAAGUCAUCGCAAAAAGCAGGCUGUAAGCUUGCUCAUCAGUUAUGACUUACCUGGUGCUUCCACUUUGAACGCUGACGAAGUUGUUCUUUCUCCUUUUGUGAUCGUUGGAAACUUGGCGGAAAGCGAAGCUGAACUGCGACUUAAAAUCCCCUUUCUAAAGAUGCAACCGGAAAAGUUGGAUUCCAUGGCAAAGUGGUUACGAUUCUACGGUUCAUGCGAAGAUGGAGCUACCGCAGUGUAUCAGGAUAUUGGAAUGAGUCACGACGACAGUUUCAUGCUUGAAAUUGGAAAUGACUACGCUGUAAUGCACACGCAGGAAAAUGUGAUGUUUUGUAUCGUGGGCUCACGAGAUGAGACGAAAUUGCAUAAUUACGGGACUGGUGUUCAACUUGAGUAUUCUCAGACAUGCGUCCCUAAUGAUUCUGAUGAGAUUGGGGAGUACGUCUAUGAACAAUAUAGUACCUAUUAUCAAACAUAUGGGAAUUAUGGUGAAGUUAAGAGACGUAACGAUUACGGUGAAGUGUACAGAAGUAACGAUUACGGUGAAGUGUACAGAAAUAAUGAAAUUAAUGCAGUUGAAAGUAUGGCUUUAGAGGAUAAUUCACAGUUUCUUCCUGAGCUUCCAUCCUUGGAGCCGCCGGCGCGUCCUGAAGAGUCGCCUUUUGACACCAUUUCUGUACAAACCGUUCCUUCGGAGAGCAACAAGAAGUUCAAGAUUAAGAAAGUGUGGAAAGUCAGACGAACAUUCAGAAAAAAAGAUAAAAGUAAAAUAGAACUUUUGUAAAGUUCGUUUUCUCGUUUUAAAAUUGUAUCUCUGUGCAAUCAUAGUGUGUUGUAUUGAACAAAAAAAUUUUCGUGGCUUCGCUUA